AUGAUCGACUGGACCUACAUUGCUAGCGUUUUUGAGUUCAGAUCACCUGCAUUAAGCUCUUUUGAAGCUAGACCGCAGGAAAACGAAAGAAAACGCUCGCCCAGACUACGAGCUAUAGGUUUCAAAAACCCAAAUGUGCCUCCAAGAACUCCAACCGAGCCAGAGAUUCGCGUUAGAGACUGA